AUGUCAAAUGAGAAAAAGCUAGAUCGCGGUGUCCAUGCUGGAGAGUCCAUUAGUAGUCUCGUGCUAGACUACUCGAUCUUCAGAUCGCGCCCAGUGCCAACACGUUUGCGAUACUCGAUGGGUGUGAACGACUUCGACUGA